CCAGAGCAGCGUCCUGGCCUAGGUGGGGUGGGCCAGCCUCUGACCCCCAUACAUACUUAUUGGGUCGCUCUGGUCUCCGACCCUGUCUCAAGUGCGCCCUCAGCCUGGAAGUGGUGGGCGUAGACGUCGGAGAGCCAGGUUUGUGGUCAUCUCUGGAACCUGGAGUGGCAUUGGCAAGGGAGGGCGUUUCCAGGGCCUCUGGACAGGGCUGCGAUCGCGGUGAGUCCCACAGGGCCACCGCAGCUUGCUAAAGAUAGCCCUUCACUUCCUGGGGAAAACCCACCCCAACCGUCUUCGUGUACCGAGAGUAGCUGUAGUCCCCAGCUCCGCCUCCAGCCCCCAACCCUGUUAGUAGCUGCCCCAGGGUCAUGCGCCUGCGGAAUGGAAAGCGCUUUGGAAUGACACGAUCACUCCCGUUGAGUGGGCACCCAAGAAGCCAUCGGGAAUGUCGUGUCCGCCCAGUGCUCUUUCUGCGAUCCCAGCAGGGCCUUGGAGCCCUGGCCCAGAAAGGGGUCUUGCCAAGCUUUUGCUGCCCCUUUCUAGGGUUCUCUCCUUUCUGAGCCCUGGGCACUCUCACUGCUUCAGAGCAGAAAUCAUGGUUUUCCCAGCACUGUGUGCUGUGUCAGGUUCAAUCUCCAUUAAAAAAAAAAUAGAAGAAAAGGGGAUUUAAGUUACAUUGAAGUGAAAACAUUCAGGAUCCCUGGUGGGACAGAGGAAAGAGCUUUGUCUCUCUAGUGGAAUGGGAUGCUCCAACUGGGAGCAGUCCUUUAGCUGGGGCUUCUCAUGAUCACAUUGUUUAUUUGGCUCAGAAUGGCUCCUUGCCUAAACCAGGAAGCCGGAGGAUCCCUGUUAAAGUACACAAGGUUAAAAGGAAAGCAUUAAAGGCUGGUCAUUUUGGGGGAGCCUGGGUGGCUCAGUCGGUUGGGCAUCCGCCUUCGGCUCAGGUCAUGAGAUCUCUCUCGUCCUGAGUUCGAGCCCUGCACUGGGUUCUGUGCUGACAGCUCAGAGCCUGGAGCCUGCUUCGGAUUCUGUAUCUCCCUCUCUCUCUGCCCCUCCCCCACUCACUCUCUUGUCUCUGCUUCUCAAAAAUGAAUAAACGUUAAAAAAAAAAAGCUGGUAAUUCUGGAAACUAUCUUGAUGGAUCUAAUUCCUCAAAAAUCAAGAGAAGCAAUUCUACGAGAGUAGGCAUUUAUCCGAUGUAAAGACGACCCAAAUCGCAAAGGAGGAAAUACUUCUGAAUAACCCGAAACCGCAGAACACGAAUUCUUUUAAAAAUGAGUUUUUAGGUGGUCGUGAAAUGUUAGCUGGCUGUAAUGUUAGCUGCCUUAUCCCACUAAACUCAUUUGGAGGGAGCUCCUGACGUUUGAUCAUGUGUCAAAUGUGGGGAAUGAAACGUUAUCACAAAUACACAGAAGUAAGACUUCGAGGGGAGAAACAGCGAUCUGGGCCCCACCCAGUAGGGAGGAUCCUUUCCCUGGUUGCUAAUGCAGGUGGCGAAGACAGAACCCUAGGUCUAAGAUGGACCCGGAGAUUUCGGAACCUAGGCCAGGCAGGGCAGACCGGCCACGCAGAGGGAGAGCUGGGGCCGGAGGUCGAAAGCGGCUAUCACGGUUCCCUCUGGCGCACCUGUCAGCUCAGAGGCCGCCACCGGAUACGCGCCCUGGCCUGUCGGUCUUCCCGGAAGUUCGACCUCCCGGGGUUUUGCUUCCGGUUAUGCUGGUUCCUUCCGGUCGCCAUGGCGACGGGGCGCCUGGGGGUCGGAGAGACGCUAGGGGCCCUCAACACGGCCCUGGGGCCUGGCGACCCCGUGUGGUUCAAGGAGACGCGCGCCCGCCACCUGCGUGCCCGAGACUUUCUGGCGCCGCGGCCCGCAUUACAAGCGCGCUUCGGGGACGGACAGGUGCCCGAGCGUGUGGUCCGUGCAGUCGCCGGCCUGCAGGGCCCCGGCGUGGCCCCGGUGCUGCGCUGCGCGCCGACCCCCGCGGGUCUGGCGCUCCAGCUGCAGCGGCCCGCCGUCUUCGAGCGCGUGCUCGGCGCCGUGGCCGCCUAUGUCGCGCCCGCCGCGCCCGCCGCGCCGGGCCCGCGCGUCCUCCUCCACUGUCCGGCGCUGCGCAGCGCCCCCGGCGCGCUCCGCCUGAGCCAGCUGCGCGCCGUGCUCGUGGCCGAUCAUUUGGCGCGAACUCUGCGCGCUCACGGCAACUGCGCGUGGACUGGCCCGCUGCUUCGGAGAGAGCCGCCACCGAAGCCCUGAGGAACCGCGCGCUUGCAGAGCUUAGCCCUGCCCAGGAGCGGGGCGCCCUGCCCCGCGGCGUCCUGGGCACAGUGUGCCUGAAGGAGCUGGUGCAAGAACGGGGACGCGCAGCUGGCUAUGACCCCAACCUGGACAAGUGUCUGGUGACUGAGGAUCUGCUCUCGGUGCUAGCCGAGCUGCAGGAGGCUGCGCGCUGCUGGCCAGGGGACAGCCCUCCAUCCCUGGCUGCGGUCCCAGAUGCUAACGCAGACCGCUGCAUGGUUGUGCACGUGGUGAGCUGUGAGGAGGAGUUCCAGCAACAAAAGGUGGACCUGCUUUGGCGGAAGCUGGAUGACCAGGCUCCGCUCACACAGAAGCACCUGGUCUGUGGCCCGGUGAAAGUGGCUGGUGCACCCGGCACCCUCACUGCCCCUGAGUACUACGAGCUCCGGCACGCCCAGGUGUGUAAGGCGUCAGCAGUGAAGCACGGCAGGGACCUGGCACAAGACCCAGCCUGGACAGAGGUCUUCAGCGUUCUCUCCGUGGCAACCAUCAAGUUUGAGAUGCUCAGCACAGCCCCGCACGGUCAGCUUCUCCUGGCCCUGGCCGACAGCAUUUCCACAAAGGGCACCAAGAGCGGCACCUUCGUCAUGUAUAACUGUGCCCGUCUUGCCACACUGUUUGAAGGGUACAGGCACAGCAUGGAACAAGGUCUGUACCCCACUUUUCCACCUGUGAGCAGUCUUGAUUUCUCACUGCUACAGGAUGAGGGUGAGUGGCUCCUGCUCUUCAAUGGCAUCCUCCCCUUCCCAGACCUGCUGAGCCAGACAGCAGCCCUGGCAUGCACAGCCCCAGGGCUGCAUACGACCGCACGCACAGAGACGAUGUGCAAGUUCCUGGUACAGCUCAGCAUGGAUUUCAGCUCCUACUAUAACCGCAUACACAUCCUAGGAGUAAGUGCACAGCAAAACGGGGUGGGGGGUUGCGGGGGUGCAAGGGAAGCAAAGGACGAGACCAGCAGGCCCUUUCUCUCCAACAGGCACCUCGACCACACCUGUUUGGUCAAAUGUUUGCCCGUCUCCAGCUUCUGCGGGCUGUGCGUGAAGUGCUUCACACCGGCCUAGCCACGCUGGGCCUCCCUCCGCUGGACCAUAUCUAAGGCCACAGAGACCCCAGUAUCUAGGAAUGUUUACAGAGUCAUCACCUGAAAAGAAGAUACACAGAUUUUGUUAGGGACCUGAAACCAAAAAUAAAUUACUUCUAUUAUAA